CGGGCGGGGGAGUCCCCGAGACGCCCGGGCAGGGCCGCAUUUAAGGAGCGGCGUCGGAGCGCGGGAGCCUCGUCACCGCGCCUGCAGCCGCCACCAUGCCCGUCAAAGGAGGCACCAAGUGCAUCAAGUACCUGCUCUUCGGCUUCAACUUCAUCUUCUGGCUUGCAGGGACAGCAGUUCUUGCAAUUGGACUAUGGCUUCACUUUGAUUCACAGACCAAAAGCGUCUUUGAACUGGAAUCUGACACAAAGUUUUACACAGGUGUUUACAUCCUUAUUGGAGCUGGUGCACUUAUGAUGCUGGUUGGUUUCUUGGGAUGUUGUGGUGCAUCACAGGAAUCUCAGUGUAUGCUUGGCCUGUUCUUCUUCUUCCUUUUUGUGAUUUUUGCCCUUGAAAUUGCUGCUGGGAUCUGGGGAUUUUCAAAUAAAGAAAAGAUUAUUGAUGAGUUAAAGGAGUUCUACAUGGACACCUAUAGAAAGAGAACUCAAUCAAGUGCCAGAGACACCCUGAAGGCAUUUCAGUUUGCUCUAAACUGCUGUGGCAUUACUGGAGCUUUGGAGCAGCAGUUCAUGGACACCUGUCCAGCAAAGACGCUGUCUGAGUCGUUCUCUGUCAAGUCCUGCCCUGCUGCCAUUGAUGAAGUCUUCAAAUCCAAAUUCAACGUGAUUGGAGCAGUUGGCCUUGGCAUUGCUGUAAUGAUGAUUGUUGGCAUGAUAUUCAGUAUGAUUCUGUGCUGUGCCAUCCGCAGGGAAAGAGAGAUGGUCUAAGAGCUGCAAACCCAAGAUUCCUGCACUAUAAAAAUCCCCAUCAUUAACUUUAGAGUUCUGAGAGCAUUUCUAAAAUGUUAUAUAUUUGUUACCUUUUUAAUGCUUUAUUUGGUACUGAUGUAGGUUUGCUUUUUAUGUUACAGGUUAAAAUGAUAAAGGUUUAUCUGACUCAAGACAAACAUUGUACAUAAAAUAUCUUUCUUGAAACUUACAUAAUCUGGAUGUAAUUUAUGUUGGACACAAUUUGAUACUUAAUAAAGAGUAAGAUGUAUUGUUUGUGGGAGA